AAAUGGUGAGCUUCUCAUCUCGGGAUGGGUGUUUUUGUAGGCUGAUGUGAUGAGGUCUUUCACUGGAUGACUCAUUUCACUGGAGAUUUGGUGAUGAAAUGGACGUCUCUUGUUGACACAGCUCUUGUUCCACUUAUGAACGAUGAAGUCCGUCAGCCGGUCAUUUGUUGCAACAACCAUGUGUUCUGCUCCAAUUGCAUCAAAGUGUGGCUGGAGAAGAGCAGUCAGUGUCCCACCUGUAGAGUGGCCAUCACCCCAGAAAACCCCUGCAGAGAAAUCAUUGGAGCCACAGCUGACUUUGAGUCCAGUGAGAGUGAUUCUGUGAAGAGACGCCUCCGAAAGACUCGAGGGGAGCUGCUUUUAAGAGAAUACGAGACCACCCAUUGUGAUGCUGCUACUGCUUCUGAGGAAGAGGCUUCAGUUGUUGAGUUCAGUGACCGAGCUGGAGUUAUGGUGGAAAAUCCCACACAGCCCACCAAGCGCAAGUGUCCCCCAGGAUUGUCCAUCUCCAGUCCAUCGAAACUCUCAAAACUAAAGUAG